UGCUCGGCGUGACGCGGGCCGCGCGCCCCGCGCCCACCAUGUCCUACCCGCAGGGCUACCUGUACCAGGCGCCCGGCUCGCUGGCGCUCUACUCGUGCCCCGCGUACGGCGCCUCUGCGCUGGCGGCGCCCCGCAGCGAGGAGCUGGCGCGCUCGGCGUCGGGCUCGGCGUUCAGCCCCUACCCGGGCUCGGCGGCCUUCACGGCGCAGGCGGCCACCGGCUUUGGCAGCCCGCUGCAGUACUCGGCCGACGCCGCCGCCGCCGCCGCCGCCGGCUUCCCAUCUUACAUGAGUGCGCCCUACGACACGCACACGACCGGCGUGACCGGCGCCCUCGGCUACCACCCAUACGGCAGCGCGGCCUACCCGUACCAGCUCAACGACCCGGCCUACCGCAAGAACGCCACGCGCGACGCCACGGCCACGCUGAAGGCCUGGCUGCAGGAGCACCGCAAGAACCCCUACCCCACCAAGGGCGAGAAGAUCAUGCUGGCCAUCAUCACCAAGAUGACCCUCACGCAGGUCUCCACCUGGUUCGCCAACGCGCGCCGGCGCCUCAAGAAGGAGAACAAGAUGACUUGGGCCCCGAGGAACAAAAGCGAGGACGAGGACGAGGACGAGGGAGACGCCGCCCGGGGCAAGGGCAGCCCGGGCAAAGCGCAGGAGGGCGCGGAGACCUCGGCCGAGGACGAAGGCAUCAGCCUCCACGUGGACUCGCUCACGGACCACUCGUGCUCUGCCGCCGAGUCGGACGGGGAGAAGCUGUCGUGCCGCGCCGGGGACCCGUUGUGCGAGUCCGGCUCCGAGUGCAAGGACAAGUUCGACGACCUGGAGGACGACGAGGACGAUGACGAGGACUGCGAGCGGGACCUGGCGCCGCCCAAGCCCGCCACCGCCUCCCCGCUCACCGGCCUGGAGGCGCCGCUGCUGAGUCCCCGGCCCGAGGCCGCGCCCCGGGGCAAGGCGCCCCCGGGCAGCCGGACGUCGCCGGGCGCGCCGCCGCCCGCCAGCAAGCCCAAGCUGUGGUCGCUGGCGGAGAUCGCCACGUCGGACCUCAAGCAUCCCAGCGCCGGCCCCGGCUGCGGGCUGCCGGCCGCCGCCGCGCCGGCCCCGGCGGGGGCGGCCCCGGGGGGCUCGGCCUACCCCGCCUCGCCGCUGCUCGGGCGCCCCCUCUACUACACGCCGCCCUUCUACGGCAACUACACGAACUACGGGAACUUGAACGCCGCGCUGCAGGGCCCGGGGCUGCUGCGCUACAACGCGGCGGCCGCGGCGGCCGGCGACGCGGGCCACGCCGCGCCCAAGGCGGCCGGCGACGCGGGCAAGGCCGGGGCGCACGCGCUGGAGCCGCACUACCGGCCCCCGGGCGGCGGCUACGAGCCCAAGAAAGAGACCAGCGAGGGCUGUGCGGUGGUUGGCGCGGGCGUCCAGCCCUACCUAUAGAAUGACCCAGCUCAGCAGUGCAAGUAGGUGUCACAAUUGCUUUGGAAAAUCAAAGUCAGGAGGCCAUUCUGUCUUCCUAAGCUCAUAAAUGCAAAGAUAUAUAUAUAUAUAUAUAUAAAUAUAUUAUAUCGAUCUAUCUAUAUCUAUAUAUAUAUAAGGCAGAUCUCUAAAUCCGGACCACAUCUGUGCCACUGUAAAAGAGAAGGACCGGUUCGGCACUGUCAACCCUCAGACUCUGACGGACUGGACACAGUGCUGGUGACAGCCGUGAACCUGUUGGCGUAGUGUAGCUUCCCUGAUGUUUGUGUGACUUUUGGAAACAAUCUGUUUUCUCUCAGGAUAUCUUGAUCACUUCACAGCCACGGUCUAUAGUCUAUAGGUGUGAUAGGAUUUACUGUAAAAAAAUUAUUUGUAAAAGAUGUACACAGUAGAAAUAAAACGUGAUUGAAGAACUUGAGUACUUCAGGCGUGGAAACAAAUUUGAUAUUUAUUUUUAUAAUGAUAUAGAGCUUCUAGUAAUUUAUGCAAGUUCUAUUGCAAUGCGAUCUAAACUUUUUGUAAAUAAAUUCUGCCUGGUUUUUAUUUGACCAUUGCUGGUUAUACAAUCUUUGUUGGUUGUUUAACAUGAAUUCUUUACUAAUUUAUAUCUUAAAUUGUAAAUAAAAACAGACUAGAUUACAA